GUAGACCCGCGAGCUCGAGCGCGAGCGCGAGCCUGAGCCCGCGCGCCCUCUCCGGCUUCUGGGCUUGGAGGGUUUUAUAUUGUGCUCUAGAUCUUGGAAACUAGUGAACUAGUGCGUGGCCUGGAAAGGUCAGCAUUAGAAGGGUGAGGAACCCAUGAAGCCUCACAAGAAGGAACAGCGGAGCAAAACUUACUCGGAUAAGAAACGAGGGAAAGUUGCAGAACUUAUCACUCCUCCCAUCCAGGAGGAACCUGAACCUGUCAGCAAUGUCCUACAGGGUGAUGAUAUCUUGGCUUUGGCCAUUAAGCAGGAGGACUUACGGAAGCAACAUAUCCCCCGUCCUCCUGUCUUUCAAGGAAAAAGUGUUACUCAUCAAUAUUUCAUUCGCAAGCAUAAAGUCUCCAAAGUCAAGAAGAUAACACGUCACUUAGUAGCUCAUCCUGCUACUCCUGAAGCAAUUACAAAGCCCUUGGAUUACUCUGGGCCAGCAGAGAAAAGUUCUGAUGGCAAAGAACAGAUCCUUCCUCACAACAUUUUGGGAUCUCUCUCUGAGUUUAAGAGAAUAGCAAUUGACCGAGGAAAUACCGAGUUGGCAGAAAUGAUCCCGGACACUAUCUGUAUGGUCAUUCCAAUAGUAGAGAAACCAAAGAAACAUCCCCCAAAAGAAAAGGUAAAUCUCUGGCAACCACCUUCUCAGCAUAAAUCUCUGGAGAACUGGAAACGUAAUAUGACCCUGAGGCAAAAGCAACAAGAAGCUCUAAGUGAACAUCUGAAGAAGCCAGUGAGUGAGCUACUGAUGAAUUCAGCGGAGAAUUAUCGGCGAAUCCAGGAAGAGCGCAAUCUGAUUGAACGCUCCCUUGCUGCUUUACUUGAAGGGAAGGACAGCAAGGUUGUCUGUGAGUUCUGGACCCAGCCUGCAUAUAUUGGAGAUGAAAUAACAGGGUUGGUGACCCAGUGGCAACGUGGCUUCCAAGAGUCUGUCACUCAUGUAGGAAAGCCCCAGAGUGUUCAAAUGGAGUCAGGAUUGCCAUCUUUGAGGGAGCCUUGGUACCGCUUCACGUGGGAGAAGAGUCUCUUUUUGAUUGACCGACGAAAAGAACUUCGAUGCAUCCUUAAGGACUUAGACUUUAAUCAACCGGACAUUGAUGGACUCGAAGUGGUUGGCAAAGGACAUCCUUUCUCAUCUGUCUCUGCACAGCAUUUCCCAAUACUUAUAGAAGCUAAGGAAAGCACAUCGAAAGAUUCGACACCAGAUCCCUUAGCUGACUAUCCUGAUGUGGUCCCCAUGCCUUUUCUUGGUCCUUCUUUGCUAUUCUGUGGAAAACCAGCAUGCUGGAUCGAUAGAUCCCUACUGCCAGAUGAGAAACAAAUUGGCAUUGCUGUCCGUCUGACCUUCGAGACCAUGGAAGGCGAGAGGACCUCUUCUGUCCUCACAGUUGUAAACAAUGGUACUGCAGCUAUUUGGUUUGCCUGGAGGAGGCUCCAAGAGGCCGACACCUUUGAAGAGUUCAAGGGGAUCAAAGCACAGCGGUUUUACUUUAACACCAAGGAAGGUGUGAUUCUCCCUGGGGAAACAAAGGAGUACACCUUCUUCUUCAAGUCUUUGAAUGCCGGAAUCUUCAGGGAGUGCUGGGAGUUUGGAACCCACCCAACACUGUUAGGGGGAGCUAUGCUGCAGGUCACUCUACGGGGUGUUGCCCUGAGCCAAGACAUUUUCAUGGAGGACAGAAAGUUGUUGAAGGAGAAACUCGCUACCCAAGAAGCUAUCACCAUUGUGCAGGAGUUGCUUGAUGAGCUUCUGAAAGGGAUCUGGUCCCCAGAUCGAGCCAUUUCCCCAGUGGAUGCCUACCUUACUGAAGAAGAUUUGUUCAACUAUAGGAACCCUCAGCUACAUUAUCAGCAUCAAGUGGUCCGAGAUCUACAAGAACUAUGGAAUGAGUAUGUUGUAUCGAGUGUCCCAGCCCCUCCUGAAGAGGAAGAAGCAGUACCCCAAACCUCACCAGUAGAAGAAGAACAGAAGAUUCCUGGUUCUGAAUGGACCACUCCUCCGAGGAGUGACGUACUCAAGGGGACCGAAGUCCAGGAUGGUGUAGAAGAAGGAGGCCCAGAAAAGCCAGAGACAGUUUCAAAGCCAUCAUCAUGGAAUCUCUGUGUGGAUGAUUUAAAAAAGGCAGUGAUGGACCUCCCCAAAGAAGAAAAGCGAGAAGAGGCUCUUAGCAGGCUCAACAAGGGAGCCCGGGAGCUGUGCUUGGCAUCGAGGCCACUUCAGUCGGACCUCUUGUACCAGACGUGUUUCCAGCUGUGGCGGGACGUAAUUGAUGGUCUGGUGAACCAAGCUCUAUCACUGAAGGUUCUGAUGGGCCUACCUGAGAAGGAUUCUGUUUAUUCAGAUACUUCAGAUGGACAAGUAGAAGGAAAAGCAUCUGGGAGAGUUGCAAGAGAGGACCGAAAACCUGUGGUCCAGGAAAAGAAGCCACCUGUUGUGAAAGAAAAAGAGGAGAAGAAAGGGGGUAUAAAGUCACCAGGAAAAGAGGAUCGUACCAACAGCAAGAAGUACAAAGGAAAGGACGAGAGGAGAUUACAGAAAUCUCCAAGCAAGGAGUGGAAAGAGAGAUCGUCUUCGGAUGAGCUCCCUCCUGAUCAGGAACCUUUCGCCUCUGAAUCUAUGGUGGACCCACGAGUCCAAGAGAAAUACAGUCAGAGGCUUUACAUUGAGGUGAGACAGGCAGAAACAGGUGGGACCCUCUUUCACUGCCUCUGCUGGCAGAGGACUGGCAGGACCUUCUUUCCCUGGCCUCUGUUGGCAGAGGACUGGCAGGACCUUCUUUCCCUGGCCUCUGUUGGCAGAGGACUGGCAGGACCUUCUUUCCCUGGCCUCUGUUGGCAGAGGACUGGGAGGACCUUCUUUCCCUGGCCUCUGUUGGCAGAGGACUGGGAGGACCUUCUUUCCCUGGCCUCUGCUGGCAGAGGACUGGCAGGACCCUCUUUCACUGCCUCUGCUGGCAGAGGACUGGCAGGACCUUCUUUCCCUGGCCUCUGUUGGCAGAGGACGGGCAGGACCUUCUUUUUCUGGCCUCUGCUGGCAGAGGACGGGCAGGACCUUCUUUCCCUGGCCUCUGCUGGCAGAGGACGGGCAGGACCUUCUUUCCCUGGCCUCUGCUGGCAGAGGAUGGGCAGGACCUUCUUUCCCUGGCCUCUGCUGGCAGAGGAUGGGCAGGACCUUCUUUCCCUGGCCUCUGCUGGCAGAGGAUGGGCAGGACCUUCUUUCCCUGGCCUCUGUUGGCACAGGCAAACAAGACUUCUUCUUUCCCUGACCUUCUCUGGCACAGACAGGCAGUACUUCCUCUCUCUGGCCUCUGCUAGCACAGCCAGGACCUCUUCCUGGCCUGUGUUGCCACAGGCAAGCAAGACCUCCUCUUUCUCUGGCCUCCUCUGGCACAGACAGGCAGGACCUCCUCUCCCUGGCAGCCUCUUUGCACCACCUCCUUCUCCUGUGUCUUCUUUUUCUGUUGCCCUUUGGAGGGUCUCCUUUCUUGUAAUGAUUCCACUUCUUGGGAGAGCACCAUCAUAAAGUUGACUGAAUUUCUGUAGAAAGGAGGGAGGGUUUUUUAAGCCUAGAGUGAGACUUUUUUCAAAAGAUUUUCUUUUCCCUACACUAGAACUGUUUUUCUAGCUGGAAAAUCAGGGAUUGAGCUGGGACCUCUCCUGCUCUCUGGCUUCUCCAUGUCAGUUAGAGGUGGUCUUCUUUGGAGGUAGACAAGAUUCUGCUAGACUCAGCAGGCCUUUUAUAAAGUAUCUAUUGGGGGUAGCUGGGUGGCUUAGUGAAUAGGUCUAGAGACAGGAGGUCCUGGGUUCAAACUUGACCUCAGAUAUGUCCUAGCUCUGGACAAGUCACUUGGCCCCCAUUGCCUAGCCCUCAUCACUCUUCUGCCUUGGAACCAAUACAUAGUAGUGAUUCUAAGGCAGAAGGUAAGGGUUUAAGAAAAAAAGUUAUAUACAUAAAGGUCUGUGCCAGUCUCUAGGGAUAAAAAUGUCAAACACAAACCACCUCUGCCAUCAAAAAGCUUGUAUUCUGUUGGGAAGAAGUACAGGAAGGGAGCACACAGAUAUAGAAAAUGAGAUACAAAAAGAUGUAAAAAAGCCAUUUCUGAGAUAAGGAGGAAGGGAGCAGGUCUCCUAUGAAGGACGAUUUGUUAAAAAUAGAAGGAGAGAAGUGACUUGUCCAGGAUAAGAUAUGGAUAAGAGCACCAGACCUGAAGAUGGGAGGUCCUGAGUUCAAAUUUGACUUCCUAGCUGGGUGACCCUGGGCAAGUCACUUGACCCCCAUUGCCUAGCCCUUACUGUUCUUCCACCUUGGAACCAAUACUUUGUAUUCAAUCUAAGACAAUUUAAUCUAUUUUAAAAAUAGAAAGGGGGUUCCAGAGGGCACAAUGAAUAGAGUAGAGUGUGAUGGAGACCUGGGAGGGAUGGGGCUGGCACAGGGGAGUCUAAGUGAGCUAGGGAAUGGUGGUUAGGGAAGGGAGCCUGCCUCAGGAUCGGAGGGAUUCUGAGGGAUGUCUGUGAGAUCCUGGUCCUACUUGGUGGAAUUCUAGGCUUUGAUCACAGAGGCUUAUUCGAGGUUUCUGUCACUAAGUCCUCAGCAAGACCAGCUCUAACCCUUGAUUUACUCCAUUGCUGAGUGGGUUCUCUCUCAUGGUGGGAGAGGCUCAGGGAGGGUCUUUGGUCCUGGCCUGGUGACUGCUGUAGAGAGAAGAUGAGGUCAGGGAGAGGAGCCCUUGGCCCUGCUUCCUGCUCAAGGAAGUCCUUUCAACCAAUUCUUGGAUUUCAUGUGGAAGACAAGUUCCCCCCAGGGAAGAUUAGCAAGACAGGCAUGAUACAAGCUGAGCAUCAGUCUCACUUCAAGGAUCCUGGGUGGGCAGUGCUGGGUAAGUCUGGGAAAACAGUUUAUUACCUUUAACAUCAGUGUGCUUUGAUGUGGGUUCUCCUUGUUAAAUAGAGGGUUGUCCCCAGAUAAGCAGGACUGGAAAAAUGAGUAUGCCCAGGGUUAGCAGGUUAUGGGAUGUCUGUCUGUCUGAGAGAGAAAGGGCUCAGGGAGAGAGAUGGAGAGAGGGAGAGGAAGGAGGAGGGGAGGGAGAGACAGAGGCAGCAGCAUAGAGGGAAGAGGAGGGGGAAGGUGGGGGAGAGGAAAAAAAGAAAAGAGAGGAGGGAGGGAAUAAAGGGAAGAGAAGGGAGGGAAGGAAGAAGAGGAAACAAGAGAGAGAGGAGAGAAAGAGAAAAGGGAGCGAGAGGGGGAGAAAUAGAGAAAGAAGAGAGAAAGGGAAAAGAAAGAUGAGAAAUAGAGAAAGAAAGAGGAAAGAGAAA